CCGCCGCUCACAUCCACGUGUUCCGGACGGACUGUGGUGGUGAUGAUGGCGCAGAGUGCGGAGCCGCGGAGCUCCGGGGGCCCCCUGAUCUCCCUGGACCCCAAACUGCAGGAGGAGUUCACGAAGAAAGUGCAGCGAGUCCGCAAUAAACAGCAGGCGGAGACCCUCACCCCCGGCGUCCUGUACCUCGGACACAUUCCCCGCGCUUUGGCUGAACCACAACUGAAUGAAUAUUUCAGCCAAUUUGGAACAAUCUCCCGACUCCGGUUGUCCAGGAGCAAGAAGACAGGGGGCAGUAAAGGUUACGCUUAUGUGGAGUUUGAAUGUGAUGAAGUUGCUCGGAUUGUGGCGGACACGAUGAAUAAUUAUCUGUUCUGUGAGCGGCUCCUGAAGUGUGAAUUGCUGCCCCCGGAGAAGGUCCCCCCCAAGCUCUUUGUCGGCUGUGACUCCAUAUUCAAGAAGCCGUCUCAGCCGGCGGUGAGGAGAUACAACAUGAAGCGGAGCGUGACGCAGGAGAAGAAAAUGACGACGAAACUCCUGGAGAAAGAGAAGAAACUGCGGAAACGCCUGGCGGAGAAAGGCAUCGACUACGACUUUCCCGGAUUUGCUGCCAAGAGGAAGGUACAGAGACCGUCCGCGGCUGACGCCGACACCUCCGUGAGCAGUCAGGACGUGACCCCGGUGUGCACCCCGGCCGUGCUGGCGAGGAGGAAGUCUGCCCGUCUGGAAGCUGAGGAGGACAGCGACGACGACGAGAUCACGCUGAAGUUACCCAGCGCCAAAACCUCGGAGAAACGAACAAAGCUCGUCAGGACCGAGAAGAGGAAGAAGAUCAGGAAACUGAAGUUCCAGACAGAUUAAUAAAGACUGGCGGCCGCAGGAACUAGAGAGCAGCGGCCAGAAGAAAACCCCGCGAGGAGGGCGCCUCUCCUGUGUACGAUGUCCCCGGAGCCUCAGCGGGCACAGAUGGCAGCAGAACAAGGACUCCGUUAAGAGUCUGCUCAGCCGCUUGGACCUUACGCCCCCAUUUUUCUUGGUGUCGCCCACAUGUUUGUUUUCACUGAUGGUCGGGACUUACCUCGCGGCGUCUUUUAAAAAAUGAUGUGGAUUUUUGUCACUAAUAAACCAGGAUGGUUGUCUCUUUCUGUA